AUGGUUUCGGAAGGCCCCUUCAAUGAGGUCCAUCAGUUCACAAAGUCCUACAAGCACAUGUGGGCUCGUGAUGUCGCCCAAGCGAUUAUGGACUACGACCUUAAGGGAGUCGUUGAACGCUUGAAGUUGUCUGUGCCUGACAAAUUCGAUGAGCAGGAGAGCAUUGGUUCACUGCGAGAAAAAACAAAGAAAUACACUGGUCCGGGCUAUAUCCCCGAGGAGGCGGGCAACAUUAGCGUAGGUAUUGUCGGCGCUGGUGUGGCUGGCUUAUUCUCCGCCUUACUCUUUGACUGGCUCAAUGAGAAUCCUAAGCUCAAGGGAAAAGGUCUCAAGAUCAACUACGACAUCCUUGAAGCAGCUGGCGCAGAAAGGCUCGGUGGACGUCUGUACACCCACCACUUCUCUGACGAAGAGCACGACUACUAUGAUGUUGGUGCUAUGCGCUUCCCCAACAACACCAUCAUGACAAGCAAGCCGGGUCUGAUCCCUUACUACUUGAAGGAUGAUCUGGACGUAUGCCCUGCUUACAUAAGCGAUAUAACGACCAGAGGCAAUGUUUGGGACCCGGAGAAGCAUCCAAAUGAUCCAUACAAGGUCAACAAGGGCUUGCCUGGAAAAGGGAAGAUCCCAAAGUGCCUCCUUGAAACCAAUCCCGGCGAUCUAGUUAGCGCGGCCCUGAAGGUCUUCACGGAUGUUGCCAAAAAGUCGUUCGAGGCGGCAAUCGCAGAAGAGAAAAAAGAAGAAGAGGAAAAGAAGGAAGGAAUCAAGAGUGCUAAAAACAAUGAGGAUGUGAGAGGGCCGGCAGCCCAGAAACUAUGGGAACUUCUCAUGAGAGCUGAUCAUAUGAGCGUCCGACAAUUACUUAGCUCCGGCACUGGCUGGUAUGACCAAUCCCUCACAGAAUGUGUCCUAGAGGAGCUUGACUUUCACACCCCUGACAUGGACGACAACUUAGACACCAAGAAAAUUCAGUACUGGUGGUGUGUUGACGGCGGCGCUCAAGAGACCGCCAAACGAAUGGCUAUCAAGGCCAAGAAGCGUAUCGAAUAUAACACAAAGGUCCAGUCAAUCGACGCUCAAGUUCCACUCCGUCGAGAGCGUAAAGGUAAAGCUGGUAAGUAUACGGCAAUGAAGAUUAAGACCACCAGGACGGAUCCAAAGACCAAGAAGGUUGAAACUAAGGACAGGGAGUAUUUUGCCAUCUUCAAUAGUACCACCCUCGGUGCCCUGCAACGCAUGGAGCUUCGCGAUGCUGGCUUAUCUUGGGGUACUAAGCAGGCUAUCCGAGCUCUUGGGUAUGGUGCUUCUGCCAAGGUGGGCAUGAAGUUCCGCACUGCAUGGUGGCAAAAAGCACCAUUUAACAUCGCUAGAGGUGGCAUAUCCCGAACCGGCUUACCUCUGCGUGUCUGUGUGUAUCCUUCGUAUAACAUCGAGGCAAAUGAGGGCAAGGACAAAUGGGACCCUGAGAAGCCAGCUGUGCUUCUGUGUUCGUAUACUUGGGGUCAAGAUGCCCAGCGUCUCGGCUCCCUGUGUUCCAAUAACACAACUCAGAACGACGAAGAGCUCAAGAGGGUGAUUAUCCAUGACCUUGCGCGACUCCAUGCGAGAGAUGAGCUUGAGGACUAUACCUUUGACAAGAUGGUGAAACUUCUUGAAGAACAAUACAUCGACCACCACGGCUACGAUUGGUACAGAGACCAACACAUGUCAGGUGCAUUUGCAUAUUUCGGCCCUGGACGGUUCUCCAACAUGUGGCAAGAAAUCAUCAAACCCAAUGCAUUGGGCCAACUGUACCUUGUCGGAGAAGCAGCUUCAUCCCAUCAUGCGUGGAUUGCGGGUGCGCUUGAAAGCGUUGUCCGGGCAGUUUACGUCAUGUUUCAGAAUCUCCAGAACGGUAACGAUACGUUUGAAGCUUACGGCAUCGUCCUUGAUUUGCUCAGUACCGAGCCUGGUGAUGACAAGAAUGAGACCCAGCCACUAAAGAAGCACGGCGAUAUGCCCUCGGGCUUACCUUUCCAUCCUUUGCCAGAGGAGAUGCCUGUAAGACAGUUGCGCACGUCUAAGGAGAAGAAUUUGACUGGUAGUCCUGAGGAGGAGGCUGACAAGGAGAACACCGAUAUGACCUACGGUGCUGCAUUAGCUGUUCUGGGCUUGAUUGAGGGUUUCUAUGAACUGGGAGUGGAUCAGAAUGACCAGUACUAG